CUUUAUUAUUGUUCUGGAAGGAGGAACACAGGCGUGAAGAAUUGUUCCCCAUCGAGCCCCACUUAUUUACAACUUUAUAUCUGUUGACAGAGGCUGUUUGUGCAGGCUCGCGGGUUGUCGGCUGCUUUAAAGGUCGGUGAACACGGAGAAACGUUAGAGGCCGCGAUGGCGUCGCCGCUGGAGAUGACGGAGAUGUACGACAACGCGCUGCUGGGCAUCCUGCAGCACGUUGGGAACAUUCAGGACUUUCUGCAGGUCUAUUUUGGGUUUUUGUACCGCAAGACGGACUUUUAUCGCCUGCUGUCAAGUCCCAACGACAAGAUGGGCUUCCCCCCCGGUGUGGCGGAGAAGAUGGUGCUGAAGACAUUUAAGCUGUUUGAGAAGGUGGCAGAUCACGACAGGGAGAGACAGCUGAGCGAGCUGCAAAAGAGAGAGGAGAGUCGGUGUGUUCCCCCGGCAGUCCAGGAGCUGGAGAUCGCCGCCGAGCCUCCAGAGGGGGCAGAAGAGUGCAGCACAGAGGCGGCACAGACUGCGAGCUCUCCCUCGGAGGCGACCAUCAGCCCUCAGCCCGACAGCAGCAGUAGUGGCGGCGGCGGCGGCGGCCCGGGCCAGUCAGCUCAGGGAGGCCAGGCAGCUGCAGCCGGCACAAGCUCAGCAGAAAAGGAUCAGGGCAAGAAUCAGUCCGACCCCGACUGUUACAACGGGGCGGUGAGGGAAAACUACAGCUGGUCUCAGGACUACACUGACGUGGAGAUUCGCGUGUUUGUGCCCAAGACGGUUGUUAAAGGCCGACAGGUCAGAGUUAGUCUGCAGGCCAGCAGCAUUCAAGUGUGUGUGAGGGAGGGGGCCGAAGAGACACUGAUGGAGGGAGAAUUCACUCAUAAGAUCAACACGGAAAACUCUCUGUGGAGUCUGGAGCCUGGAAGCUGUGUGGUCCUGUCGCUCAGUAAGGCCUCGGAGGUUUGGUGGAACGCGGUGCUGAAAGGAGAACAGGAGAUUGACAUAAACCAAAUUAACCGCGAGCGCUCCAUGGCAACAGUUGACGAGGAGGAGCACGCCGUCCUGGACAGACUCACCUUCGACUACCAUCAGAAGCUGCAGGGCAAACCACAGAGUCAUGAAAUGAAGGUGCACGACAUGCUGAAGAAGGGCUGGGAUGCUGAAGGGUCUCCGUUCAAAGGGCAGCAGUUCGACCCCUCCUUGUUUGACAUCCCGCCCAGCGCGGUGCAGUUCUGAGCCACAUCUUAAAAAAACUCUGCCAAAAAUGAACUGAAUCCUUGUUUACUUACAGAACUGGUUACAGUAAAUUCAGCUUUUACCUGCC